CACCGUACAGGUCGUCACCCGCGCACCUUGGCAUCUGACGGCCACCGCCGUUGACGACGACACGACGGAACCAGUACCCAAUACCAGCAGAGGCUGAGCGAUCGGGUACCUGUUUCGUUAGUCUCUCGUCAGUAUCAGURUUUAUCCGUAACGACUAAAUARCAAGUACGUCUCGCCGUGUAUGUACGCGCCCUGCGUGAGUGCGUCGUUAUACAGUGCGUCCGCGUCCGUCCGCCCGUUCGUUCGUUCGCCGCAUUUUUUCGGCGCGGAUCGAUGCGUUUUUUUAUUCGACGGCGCGAAUUACGAUUUUUAUUAUUUAUUAAUCGUUUCACUCGAUCCGGACGGUAGUCGUCGUUACGACGUGACGUAUGCGUGCGCCAGUAGUGUUCCGUUUUCYAUUUCCCGAUAACAGCGGCUCCGCCGCCGCGUGUGGACACAUCGGGUUUUCCGACGUCCGUCCUACUAUCACAGAACAAUGCGACUUACGUGAGGCGUGUGUUUCAGGCGAUUAGCAUAAUGUCGAGMGGAAGCAGUGGCGCAAAGUCGGCUUCUGUCGGCGGCGAGGGCGUAAAGCCGGGCGUGGGAUCGGCGUUCGUGCCGGUCAUGCCGUCCAGCGGAUCGUUCUACGGACACCCGUCGAUCGCGUCGCUGCAACAGCCGUCGCCGUCGUCGGCCGACUUUUUCGCCGCGUCCAUGAUGGCUGACAAGCACAAGGCCCUCCACCAGCACCACCACCUGUCAUCGCUCCAGCAGCAGCAGCAACAGCCGUCGCCGGGAAUGUACGUGCCCAAACACAAAUCACAGCAGCAACAGUCGCCGUCGGCCGCGGCUGCGGCAGCGGCAGCCGUUUCGCUGCUCCACCAGCAACAGCAGAACGAACUGAUGGCCAUGGCACUGGACAAGAACAAGGUGUUACAGGCGGUCAUGCACCAGCGGGGCUAUGCUCACCCAUUCCUGCUCAACCCCGGCGGCCAGUACGGCACCCAGCCUCAUUCGUCGCUAUUCGGUGGUCCAGCCGCGGGCACCGGCCCUGGUUCGUUUGGCUCGGUAGCCGCGAGACCGCGUGCCUCGGCCGUGGGCGCGGGCGCGGCUGGCAUCGGCCGGGCAUCCCGACCGAAAAAACAGUUCAUAUGCCGGUUCUGCAAUCGACAGUUCACCAAGAGCUACAACCUAUUGAUACACGAGCGGACGCACACGGACGAGAGACCGUACUCGUGUGACAUUUGCAAAAAAGCGUUCAGGAGACAGGACCAUUUGCGCGAUCACAAGUACAUUCAUUCCAAGGAGAAACCGUUCAAGUGCACGGAAUGUGGCAAGGGGUUCUGCCAGUCGCGCACCCUGGCCGUGCACAAGAUACUACACCUGGAAGAGUCACCGCACAAGUGUCCGGUGUGCAAGCGCAGCUUCAACCAGCGCAGCAAUCUCAAAACGCAUCUUCUCACGCACACCGACCACAAGCCUUACGAGUGCUACUCGUGCAACAAGGUGUUUCGGCGGAACUGCGACCUGCGCCGGCACACGCUCACGCACGCUGUCGGCGACGCGCCGUCCACAGGUACGUUGGGUGGCGGAGGUGCGGCGUCCACGUCGCCCGCGGGUGCGGUUGCACCACGAUUGGCUGCAGACGACGAAGACUAUUGCGACGAUGACGACGACGAGGAUGAGGACGAAUUGUGUUCGAUGUUGCAAACGCCGUCCGGUCGGAGCCGCCGCCGUGGUCGUGACGGUGAAGACGACGAAGACUGCGGCGAGGAUGUGGACGACGACGAAGACGUGGACGUAGACGAAGAGGACGCGGUUGCGGCCGCAGCCGGAGCCCCGUCAGAACCGUCGGCGCCAGUCGCUGCCGUCGCCUCCACAUCCGCCUGUUCGUCAAGUGGUGCCGAAGCAGCUACAGCCGCAAAACAGGAAUCGGCGUCGUCCGUGGACACGGGUUCUGCGACCGCGGCCGUGGCUGCCGCUGAUGAGGAAGAAGAGGAGGAGGAGGACAACGGACAGAUUUCGCUGUUCCGGCGGGCAGCCGUACCCAGGGCAGUUGUACACGAAACAAAGUGUCACGACGAAUCGUCUGCGUAUACUAUGCGUCCGUCGUCCAGCUAUCAUCACCACCACAAUCGUUACCAACAACAACAACAACAACAACAGCAGCCGCACAACCUUCACCAACCGCAACAACUCCAUCUAUUCCUACAACCGCCGCUCCUUCACCAUCAACAAGUCCAGCAGCAGCAACAGCAGCAUCACCACCACCACGCCAUGUUGAACGUCAGGAGAGACUUGCACGACCGAUCGACGAGAAUGGUGAUGCCGGUACCGUCACCACAAGCGUUGCCUUCGCCGCAGCCGCCCGCGUACCAAUCGCUUUUCCAAUCGUCGUCCGCCGCGCCUGCCGUCUCCGUGCCGCCGCCGACGCCGCAACAGCCGCCUGCUAAUCAGAACAACGGACAGCCUGCCCCGCCCAAGCGCAAAGGGUUCAGCAUCGACGAACUGAUGAGUUAACGCGUGGCACGCGAUCUUCGGCCCAAUACGGCCGCGCACGAUCGAAUAGGACGAAAUUCAAUGUACAUAAUGUAGAUUACGUUUUAGUUAUAUGUUAUAAAGAUUUCGAUUUUACAUAUUGUUUACGUCACGUGAAUCAUUCGCAGUACCAGUGAAAGCAUUUAAAACAAAUGUCGGACGCUCGAGACCUGAUCUCGGAGAUUCGUGACAGUUUUUUUUUUUACAAGAUUUAAUAUUUAAAUCUUAAAACGAGAUAUUGCCGUCCAGGUUUUAUUUAUUAUUUUUAUUAUUAAAAUAUAUUAGUUACGCAAAUCUAAAUUAUGGGUACAUAUAGAGUGUAUGAUAUGUAUUCUUUUACCAUAUAUAUUGUAUAGUAUUAUAUGUUAUGUGCGAAAUAAGUUUUAUUUUUAGUUAAGUACGCGAAGAAUGAAAAUAAUUUUAAAUAAAAUUGUUAACAAAUUGUAGAUAGCAUAUUUAAUAUUAUAAUUUUGUUUUAGUGAUCUCAAUACUUUAUUAUCCGACAACCCAUUUCUACAUUAGUUUUAAGUUCAAACGUGCAAAUGUUCUAUCGUUUUAGUAUUUAAAUUAUUGUUUAGUGUGUACCUAUACAAUUAUUAUGUAAUAUU